CUGAAAAAUUUCAUUUUCAGAUUUUGCUCAAGCGAGUCGAGUUCUGCUAAAACCAAACCAUCUACUAGUGCUAAGGACGAAAUAAAGAAAACCAUAUUCCUACCUCAGACUUCCUUUGUGAACCAUGUCAAGUUUUCUGAACGCGGUUUACUCGAUCAACAGGUCUCUACCUCUGGCGGUUUACCGACACUCUACGAAUGGCAGCGAGAGCAGACCAACCGAAAAGAAGUUUUUGAGUUGUUGGAUGGUCCUCCAUAUGCGAACGGAGUAGUUCACACUGGUCAUGCCAUCAACAAAAUCUUGAAAGAUUUUAUUGUGAAGAGCAGAAUUGCCCUCGGUUACAGGGUCCGAUUUCGUCCAGGAUGGGAUUGCCAUGGACUUCCCAUUGAGCUGAAGAUCAGCAAAAGUGUCCAGUUUCGUACCAUCAAAACUCCUUUUUCAUUAGAAAUUUUCGUUCAGGGAAAGUCACCUCUCGAAAUUAGGGCUCUUGCUCGGCAGGUGGCCAAUGAAGCCAUCGCGAAGCAGUUGAACUCGUUCAAACGAUGGGGCGUAACAGCUGCAUGGUCCGAACCGUAUCUCACCAUGGAUUCAAUGUAUGUUUCCGAACAGUUGCGGUUAUUUGCAAAAAUGGUCGAGAAAGGAAUUAUCUACAGGGCCUUCAAACCAGUUUAUUGGUCUCCAAGCUCCCGUACAGCUUUGGCAGAGUCAGAAUUGGAAUAUAAUGAUAAACAUACCAGCACUGCUGUCUACUUUCGAUUCAAGGCCAGUUAUUUUCGAAGGUUUUGUGGGGGUGAUGUUUGGUCUAACGACCCACUCCUACUGUUUUCAAGGUGA